CACGCAUCACAGGGCGCUGCGCACGUUCAACGUUUGUGCGCGCGUCUGACAACUGCACUCGCUCUAGUAUACACAAGUCGGAUAAAUGCACUCAGCGCUCGUACGAAACAAAACUGUUCUUUAAACAAUCGAUAUUCUUGCUUACGCAAGACAAGUCGGAGGUCGGAGGAUCGGUUACACGUACGGAACUAGCUUCAUUGUCGGAUAAGGAGCAGUCCUUCAUGUGACAAGAGAGGUGACACGUGCAAAGUUACAACAGCAGUGUUAUAUCGACACGUGCGCACAAAAAGGUCGGGAAACGUCAUUAUGGUGUUUAACUCUAAACAGUGAUGGAUUUCACCGCCCUAUGUUUAGUAAUUAUUUUAAUGUUGGAUGUCAGUAAUGGGACUCGAGCACUUCGGACACGACGUUUGAUUGGUGGUCAUCCUGCCAUCGAAUCUGAGUUUCCUUAUCAGGCGUCCUUAAGAUAUUACAACUUGCAUAUCUGCAGUGGUGCGCUUAUCAGCGACAGGCACGUCCUGAGUGCAGCACAUUGCAUAUGUGGCCUUAUAGACGAACCCUCUGAAGAACUCAAUGUGUACACUGGAAGUAUCAAUUUAAAAGAGGGCGAAAAACACGCUGUCAAAGAUGUCAAAUGCCAUCCCGAUUACGUGUACGGUUCUGAGAUGUCGUGGACGGCCGAUUUAGUUGUCAUCACGCUUACUAAAAAUAUUUGCAUGUCACUCUUUCAAUUGCCAAUUGCUUUGCAUACAAUGUAUGAUGUGCCCAUUGGCCAACGAGCAAUUAUCAGUGGAUGGGGUCGCGUUCAUCCAUUUAGUUGGUUAUCUCGAGACUUGCAAAAACUUUCGGUCCCAAUUAUCGAGAAUAACGUAUGCCAGUCCUAUUACAAAAACACUACUAUUCUCAAUUCUCAAAUUUGUACAUUCGAGAGGAAAGGUAUCGGCGCUUGUAAGGGCGACAGUGGAAGUCCUUUAGUAUAUAAUAAUAAACUCAUAGGUAUAUUUUCAUGGACGAAACCCUGUGCACUUGGUUUUCCUGAUGUUUUUACUAGACUGUAAUGACGUGUUGACAUUAAAAAAGUCAAAAACCAAAAACUGGGCUAAGGAGAUACAGGAAAGGAAGUUGAGAAGAUACAGGACAUAAAGAUCAAAAAACAUUGAGUACAGGUAAAUUGUGAAAUUACUUUUCCGUUUUAAUUCAUUAUCAUAACAACUAUUACACCGAUAAUGACUUCGUAACGAGUCUGUAUUUUUGUUAUAAAAUUUGCUUUUAUAUUUAGUAAUUCCGUUUAGCUUAACGUGUGAUUCUUUAAUCACAAUUAUAUUAGAUUUUUAAUCUUACUAAGUUUUUAUUGUUUGUUCAUAAUUUUGGAUUUUUGUAAUUUUAACUUCGCAUUGCUAAUAAAAUUGACACAUAACCA